AUGUCGAAUAAGGACAAACCGCAGCAACAGAAGCAGGGUAAGGAGAUCGUGACCGUGAAGGACAUAACGACGAACAAAUAUGACACGAUCGUCACGACGCUGGAAAGCCUAAUGGAGUCCACAGAAAGGGCAGCGGCUGCCUCGCGGGACUCAACCGGGGCCUUGGAGGCUCUGGGAGGACGGAUCACCCCCUCGAUUGAGGAGAUGGGCAAAACCGUGACGGAGAAGAUGUGCCAAGCCCUAGCAGACACGAUGAAGGAGGUCUUGAUCGGGGUUAUGCAAGGUCAUGAGCCAAAUCCCGAGAACCGUCCUGCGGCGGUGAAGAUGAUGGCAGAGGCUGUGUUUGGGGCGGCCGCGAAGCCGGAGACCAGCCCGCCAGGAGCUGCGGCGGGCGAGGGCGACGGGGCAGUGGCGGACGCGGCUGGCGGCGAGGAGGGAGGCUCGGCUGGAGCCUCGACGGUGGCGGCGAGCGACGCCUCGGCAGCGGCGAGAUCGCAGGGGGCGACAACCGGCCAAGGCGCCACGGCGCCGGGGAACGUGGCCUGUGGAGGAGCAGGCGGCGGCUGCGAGGCCGCUAGGGCCGGCGGGACGAGGAGGUGGCCAAUUUUGUGGGCCGAGGGCGGCCGGGGGAGCGGACAGAGGAGAACGGGCCGCGCCAGCCUUAAGUGGGCCGGGCCUGCUUCCUGCUCCAACGGCCCAAGAGAUUGCGGAGGCCCGCGGAAAGAAGAAGGUGGAAGAGUUUGA